AUGGCCGUUCGCGCCCGGAGCGCCCGCCUGCCGCCGGAAGUCAACCGCAUCCUGUACGUGCGCAACCUACCCUUCAACAUCUCCACCGACGAGCUGUACGAUAUCUUCGGCAAGUACGGGCCCAUACGGCAGAUUCGAGUGGGAUGCACCAAGGAGACAAGGGGGACAGCCUAUGUUGUAUAUGAGGACAUAUACGAUGCCAAGAACGCUUGUGAUCAUUUGUCAGGCUUCAACGUGCAAAACAGGUACCUGAUUGUGCUGUACUACAACCCCCAGAGGCAAACCAAGAAAGUGGGCACAAAGGAGAAGGAGGAGGAGAUCAAACGCAUGCAGACGAAGUACGGAGUGGAUGGCGAGCAGCAUGCCAGGAACCCACAAAGGCAGCAGCCGGCGCAGGCAGCUGCUCACUAA